AUCAAAUCGGCCUUUCUUCUCUUUUACAUGCGCCUCUCUCCCAAGCGCGGGUUCCGCAUGGCCAUCCACAUUGCGGGCGGGUUCAACACGGCUAUCCUCAUCAUCAACGUGUACGUAUUGUAUUGCAUUGCCUUGGACCAGGCUUCGAGGCUGACAUGCACAACCAGCUUCUUGGCAUGCUUCCAGUGCGUUCCAUUCGAGGCCAUCCUCAAGCCAGGCUCGAUUCCAGGCGCCAAAUGCAUUCCCACCAUGGCUGUUCUCCUCGUGCCGUCCAUCCUGGUAAAGCUUCCGUCUUGUCAUGUAGACUGCAGACUAACACCAACACAGAACAUCUUCGAAGACAUUUUCAUCCUCUUGAUUCCCGUUUCCACUCUGUGGAGCCUGCAAAUGUCGUUUCGGCACAAGGCGACGGUCAUUAGCCUGGUUGCAUUUGGCAGCAGUUCUGUCAUCAUUGCUUGCUGCCGGCUUUCGCCUCUGUUGGAACUGGGUACAUCAAAAGAUUCGUCGUGGGUGCUUGGAAAGAUGGUCAUUGUUGCCGCGCUCGAAAUCCAGUUUGCCAUUAUUUCCGUCAACUUGCCCAGUCUCAAGUCGCUAUGGGUUCGCAUCACGGGCAAGAACCCAACCGGUUCCGGGCGUGCCGAAGGGUACUCAGGUCAGAAAGGGUCCAAGGGCUCAUCGUUCAACCGCAUGAGGACCUUUGGGUCAGGAGACGGGCCCUACCGGGCAAUGAAUGGCAAGAAGGGCAGACGUGGGAGCAUUACGCAGUUGGAGCAAGGCAUCACGGCGACCGAGUCGGAAGAGGAGCUGUGCCGGCAAGGCGGAAUCCCCAUGCGUGCUCCGAGCCGCAUCGCGGAGGGCGAGGAGCAUACUUCCAAAUCGUCCAAAGACUACGAGGUGAAGAGUGCUCAAGUGGGCGUGGACGAGGUUAGCUCGAGCCGCUACCCCAAGGCUUGAGGUCAGAUGGUACACAAGUGUAUUUAAGCAGACCGCCCGCUAGUCGGCAUGGUUGAAAAGACUGGUUCGCGCCAAGCUCUGGUGCGUUAGUCAUGGCUUCAUAAUCC